AUGAAAACUUCAGAUGUUCUUCAACUAACUUUUCUUUCAUUACAUUGCCAAGAACCUUGUGAAAAAAAAGAUCUGGUUCAAACUUUCCUACAAAGGUUGUUAAUGAUGGAUUACAGAGCAAGAUACAUCACCAACAAAGAAAUAGCCACUGCUUUAGACCCUCCUUUAUCAGAUACAGAUGAAGAAGAACUUGAUAAAUUUGAUGAGCUUUUUUGCCAAAAGGAUGGUGAAAGUGUAAAAAAUCCUAUCCAUCCCAUGGAUCUUCAGAUGGUGGUGUUCCACUGCUCUGACAGUUUCCUGAAGCAACUAAUAGUGACUAAACUCUCUCAGUGUCGGUACGCUCUGCCUCUACUAGUGCCAAAUCCAUUUACUGGAAAGAUCAAGUUUCCUUUGUGGACAUUUCGGCAAAUUACUAAAAGUUGGAAAACCACUGACACUUCUGGUACCAAGAUCAGUAAAACCCAGCAUGUUUAUGAAGCAGAAACUCCAAUGGUGGCGUUCUUCAGGUUAGGAGACGUGUCCUUUUCCAAGUCUCAGCUGAUGAACAGCUUGAUCAAUGAGAAGCAUCAGACGUUCUUCCACAGAUACUGUCUAGGCAGCAUUAAAAACCGUCUACUGAUGGAUGGAGUUGUGGAGAUUGCUUGGUACUGUCCAUCUGGAAAUGAAACUGAUCAUUUUACUGACUGUGUUGCUUUCUGUAAUCUACAUGGUGAUGCAGAAACCAGUAAGGAACAGCUGGAUCUUCUGACUGAAAUGUCGUCUGUAAAUGUUGUUCUUUUAUCUGAUCCUAAAAAUGAAAGAUACAGAGAGAUAAUACAGAAGUUUCUAAAAGACCCCAAACCACUCAUCUGUCUCCUUUCUGAGGAUCAAUCAGGUGUCACAAAGACUAAGAAUGGAAAAUACAGAAUUGGUCUAAAAGACAGAAACCAAUCAGAUGUAUCUGACAACCUCAGGACAACCAUCACAGAGUGUCUGUCCAAGUCAUCUUCAGUUUUUAAACUUGAAGAUUUAUACAAAAACGAUGAGAUCAGCAAAGAUGAAGAUGAUCCUGAAUGCAGGAAAGGAAAAGAAGCUGCACUAGAGAUAAUAAAACUACUGGAGGGGAAGGAAAUAUCCACAUUAAAGGAAACACACCUGCCCUGUCAAGGGAAGCUCUGGUAUGAGUGGUGUCAGAUAAACAAAGACUCACAUCGACUUCAAGGAAACAAUUUAGAAAUGCAAAAGAGUGAAAAACAAACACAAAUGAAACAAAUCCGUGAACAGCAACAAAAAAUUGGAGUCUCAAACUAUAUGAAGAAAUUUAUUUCCUCACUGAAUUCUCUAUCAGGAAAUGAAAAAUCAUUUUUUAUUAAAUGGUUCGUGAUUCUACUGGACAAACAAACCUCAGGUGAUCUUUCAGAUCUUCAUCACAAGUACAAUGAAACAUGGACAAGGGUUUUAGACAUCAAAAAGAAACAUGAUAAAUCAGGAAAGAUGAAGGCUGAGCAAACAGAACUUGAAGAAAUAUCUGUAAGACUGAAUGCCGCAACAUUUGGUCUGGAACACAUCUUUAGAGAGAUGGGUCAGAUAUAUGAGUCAUUUAUGUCCAUACAAAGAGGUAAGAAAACAUCUGGAGAAAUAAGUAUUUCAAUUUUUCCCAAACUUGCUGCAGAACUCAUAAAAUCUGGUCUUCCACUGGAGUUGAUGGAUGGUGAUGCUGCUCAUGUUCCUCUGAUUUGGGUUUCAGCAGUUCUGGAUGAACUCAUAAAGAAACUGGGAGACCAGAGAGUCUUUGUGCUGUCAGUUCUAGGGAUUCAGAGAUCAGGAAAAUCCACCAUGCUGAAUGCCAUGUUUGGACUCCAGUUUGCUGUCAGUGCUGGAAGGUGCACUCGAGGAGCCUUCAUGCAGCUGGUCAGAGUAUCAGAGGAGAUGAAGGAGCAGCUGAAGUUUGACUACGUUCUUAUUGUAGAUACUGAAGGGCUUCGAGCACUUGAGCUUGCAGGAACAUCCACUCGUCAUCAUGAUAAUGAACUUGCAACAUUUGUUGUAGGUCUUGGAAAUCUGACUUUGAUCAACAUGAAUGUUGGUGACAUCACAGCUGGAGAGAAGAACAUGGAGGGCAGGAGACGUCUACAGGAAAAACUGGAUGAAAUGACAAAAUUAGCUGCUAAAGAGGAAGACAGUGAAGCUGAGUGCUUCAGUGAUGUUAUUGCUUUCAAUGUACAACAUGAUGUUCAGUAUUUUGCACAGCUCUGGGAGGGCAGCCCACCAAUGGCUCCACCAAACCCCUCAUACAGUGAAAAUGUUCAGAAGUUAAAGAGAGACAUUUUCAAAAAUGCUACCAAGUCUCAUACUUUUAAGGGCAAAGGAGCAACAACCACAACACAGAUGAGAUCAGACAUGCCAGAAUUUAAUGGUAACAGGUCACAGCUUGAGAAACACAUCCUGAAAUCUCUGACAGAGCAGGAGAACUUUAAGAAGUACAUGGACGAGGUUCUGAAUCUUCUCAAAGGAAAUCUGAAACACAAAGAGCAUAAAGUGAUGAACGCUGUGAACAUCACAACUGAAGAAGUGAAGAAGAGCAGUGGUGAUGCAAACAUGUGGCUGAGAAGUUUGAAGAAUUCACUUACAGAUGAGCUGAGCUUAAAAGAAAUAACCUGCACUGGUCUGGAGGAAAUUACAGAUUUAGAUUUUCUUCGGCAGGUUGUGUGUGAAGGUCUCACAAAGAUGAUGUCAGAACAACAUAAAAGCUUCAACAGUGUAACCGACAUCAACAUGGAGAAGUUCAGGAAGAAACCUGAUGAGAUUCUGAUUGAACAUCUCUGUCAGUGCAGCUGGGCUCAGUGUCCAUUCUGUAAAGCCAUCUGCACCAACACAAUGGAGAAUCAUGAUGGAGAUCACAGCGUCCCCUUCCACAGAGUAAAUGGAAUCAAUGGAGGGUGCUACAGAUAUACAACAAAUCUUAGGGCUGAUAUUUGCACAACUGCAGUAGAAAGUGAUAGACGCUUCCACUCUCGUCAUGAUUCAGAUGUGUCAGUACCCUACAAACAAUACAGAACAGCAGGAGAAGAAUUUGCUAAGUGGAGCAUCACCCCUGAUAAUUCAGAGCUCCCAUACUGGAAGUGGUUUGUGUGCAGAUUUCAAACAGACCUGGAAAAGUACUAUGGUGAAACAUUUCAGGGAAAUGGAGAGAUUCCCACUGAAUGGAGAAACUACACAAAAGAAGAAGCUAUUGAGAGUGUGAUCUGGAAAAAAAUGGAGCUUGGAGUAGAAGAACCUGGAUCAAAAUGUGAAGAAAAGAAAAAACUAAAAGAACUUUUAACUAGACUUCAUCUUCUGGAAAAGCAGAAACUAAAAAUGAAAACUUCUGAUGCUCUUCAACUAACAGCUCAUUCAUUACAGUGUCAAGAACCUUGUGAAGAAAAAGAUCUGGUUCAAAUGUUCCUACAAAGAUUGUUGAUGAUGGACUACAGAGCAAGAUACAUCACCACCAAAGAAGAAGCCCCUGCUUUAGACCCUUCUUUUUCAGAGACAGAUGAGGACGAAAUUGAUGAAUUUGAUGAGCUAUUUGGCAAAAAAAGUGCAUCUUUUGAUGGUAAAACUGUAAAAACUCCUAUCCAUCCCAUGGAUCUUCAGAUGGCGGUGUUCCACUGCUCAGACAGUUUUCUGAAGCAACUAAUAGUGACUAAACUCUCUCAGUGUCGGUACGCUCUGCCUCUACUGGUGCCAAAUCCAUUUACUGGAAAGGUCGAGUUUCCUCUGUGGACCUUUCGGCAAAUUAUUAAAAGUUGGAAAACCACUGACGCUUCAGGUAUCAAGAUCAGUAAAACCCAGCAUGUUUAUGAAACAGAAUCUCCAAUGGUGGCGUUCUUCAGGUUAGGAGACGUGUCCUUUUCCAAGUCUCAGCUGAUGAACAGCUUGAUCAGUAAGAAGCAUGAUACAUUCUUCCACAGACACUGUCGUGGCAGCAUUAAAAACCGUCCACUGAUGGAUGGAGUUGUGGAGAUUGCUUGGUACUGUCCAUCUGGAAAAGAAACUGAUCGUUUUACUGACUGUGUUGCUUUCUGUAAUCUACAUGGUGAUGCAGAAACCAGUAAAGAACAACUGGAUAUUCUGACUGAAAUGUCAUCUGUAAAUGUUGUUCUUUUAUCUGAUCCUAAAAAUAAAAGAAAUAAGGAGAUGAUACAGAAGUUUCUAAAAGACCCCAAACCACUCAUCUGUCUCCUUUCUGAGGAUGAAUCAGGUGUCACAAAGACUAAGAAUGGAAAAUACAGAAUUGGUCUGAAAGACAGAAAUCAGUCAGACGUAUCUGAGAACCUCAGAACAACCAUCACAGACUGUCUGUCCAAGUCAUCUUCAGUUUUUAAACUUGAUAAUUUACACAAAAACAAUGAGAUCACCAUAGAUGAAGAUUAUCCUGAAUGCAGGAAAGGAAAAGAAGCUGCACUAAAGAUAACAAAACAGCUGGAGGGGAAGGAAAUAUCCACAUUAAAGGAAACACACCUGCCCUGUCAAGGGAAGCUCUGGCAUGAGUGGUGUCAGAUAAACAAAGACUCACAUCGACUUCAAGGAAACAAUUUAGAAAUGCAAAAGAGUGAAAAACAAACACAAAUGAAACAAAUCCGUGAACACCAACAAGAAAUUGGACAGUCAGGCUUUAUGAAAAAAAUUGUUUCCUCACUUAAUUCUCUAUCAGGAAAUGAAAAAUCAUUUUUUAUUAAAUGGCUUGAGAUUCUAAUGGAUAAACAAACCUCAGAUGAUCUUUCAGAUCUUCAUCACAAAGAAAAGAUGAAGACUGAGCAAGCAGAACUUGAACAAAUAUCUGUAAAACUUAAUGCAGCAACAUUUGGUCUGGAACACAUCUUCAGAGAGAUGGGUCAGAUAUACGAGUCAUUUAUGUCCAAACAACUUAGUAACAAAAGAUCUGAAGAAGAAAGCAUCUCCGAUCUCCCCAAACUUGCUGCAGAACUCAUAAAAUCUGGUCUCCCAAUGGAGCUGAUGGAUGGUGAUGCUUCUCAUGUUCCUCUGAUUUGGGUUUCAGCAGUUCUAGAUGAACUCAUAAAGAAACUGGGAGACCAGAGAGUCUUUGUGCUGUCAGUUCUUGGGAUUCAGAGCACAGGAAAAUCCACCAUGCUGAAUGCCAUGUUUGGACUCCAGUUUGCUGUCAGUGCUGGAAGGUGCACCCGAGGAGCCUUCAUGCAGCUGGUCAGAGUAUCAGAUGAGAUAAAGGAGCAGCUGAAGUUUGACUAUGUUCUUAUUGUAGAUACUGAAGGGCUUAGAGCGCCUGAACUUGCAGGAAAAUCCACUUACCAUCAUGAUAAUGAACUUGCAACAUUUGUUGUAGGUCUUGGAAAUCUGACUUUGAUCAACAUAUUUGGUGAGAACCCUGCUGAGAUGCACGAGAUUCUUCAGAUUGUUGUUCAGGCCUUCCUGAGAAUGAAGAGGGUCAAACUUAAUCCAAGCUGUAUGUUUGUCCAUCAGAAUGUUGGUGACAUCACUGCUGGAGAGAAGAACAUGGAGGGCAGGAGACGUCUACAGGAAAAACUGGAUGAAAUGACAAAAUUAGCUGCUAAAGAGGAAGACAGUGAAGCUGAGUGCUUCAGUGAUGUUAUUGCUUUCAAUGUACAAGAUGAUGUUCAGUAUUUUGCACAGCUCUGGGAGGGCAGCCCACCAAUGGCUCCACCAAACCCCUCAUACAGUGAAAAUGUUCAGAAGCUAAAGAGAGCUAUUUUCACAAAUGCUACCAAGUCUCAUAGUAUGAAACUCUCAGAGUUUAAAUCCCGCAUCAGUGAUCUGUGGAAGGCUCUACUGAACGAGAACUUUGUUUUUAGCUUUAAAAACACAUUGGAGAUUGCAGUCUACAGGAAACUAGAAACUGAGUUUGGAAAAUGGACCUGGUCCCUCAGAAGUGCCAUGUUAGAACAUGAAGAAAAACUGCACAACACAAUUAAAAACAAAAAACUGCUAAAGAUUAAGGACAAAGACCUUUAUGCUCACAUGAAAAAGACCAAAGAAGAAGUGGAGAAAUCAAUGAAGUGUUACUUUGAAAAGGACAAGGACAAAGACAUUUUAAUUCAGUGGAAAGUGAGAUGUGAACAGAGAAUUAAACAACUUCUUAAAGAUCUUGUCAAAAAUGCAAAAACAAACCUGAAUAAUUUACUUCAACAGCAAAAAGCUCGAGAAACGUUUGAUCACAAAAAGACAGAGUAUGAUGAAAAGCUCUUCAAUGUGAGUAAAGCACUUGCUCUACAACUAAAAAGCACAGAAACUGAUGAACAAGUCCUCAGACAGGAAUUUGAUGAAGUGUGGAACCAAUGGGUCACUGAACUGACACAAGACACUCCUUCAGAAAAACCUCUUUAUAUUUGGGAGGAUGUGAUACAGAUUCUAUCUGAAGGUAAUGAACAAGCUGCUGUGUUUGAGCGAAUAUCUCAGGAGGAUUACACAAAGAUACACAGACUGGGAGAUUAUUCAUGUUAUAUUUUAAAGAAAUCAAUAGUAGAGAAAACUGUUGAUAAAGUUAAGUCUGUAUUUACACAAGAUGAAAUGAGUUCUUUUGAAGUCCAGGAGUCAGUGAGGAGCCUAAUCAACAAUGUCAUCCAAGAAUCUGAUGAUUUAGUCAAGAAGAUCUGCAGCAAAAUUACAGGACAGGGGUACAAAAACAGCUACAUUCAGGAAAUAAGUGACCAGGUCAAAAACAGAGUUGAGCAAUAUCAGAGUGAGAACAAGAAAAUAAAGCUGAAGAAGGAAUUCACUCUGGAUCUCUGUCUUCAUGUGUGUCACCUUGCAGAUUCCAAAUUCACAAAGAUCCACCAACAGUUCAGAGAUGAAAAUGAUGUAAAAUUUUACCUGGAAAAGCAGAAACCACAAUAUUACAGCAUCUUCCAGAACUACUGCAGAGGAGCAACAACCACAUCAGUAUUUGGUGAACUUGUCUACAACAAUCUUGUACCAGCCAUCCUGGAAGCUGUCUACAAUAAAACUGCUAUUGAUCUGUCAACACAGAUGAGAUCAGACAUGCCAGAGUUUAAUGGUAACAGGUCACAGCUUGAGAAACACAUCCUGAAAUCUCUGGCAGAGCAGGAGAACUUUGAGAAGUACAUGGAGUACGUCCACCAUCCCAAGAAACACUUUGAACAGUUUAUUACAGAAAAUGUUGAUAAAUACAUCACUGAAAAUAACAGCAAGGUUCUGAAUCUUCUCAAAGGAAACCUGAAACACAAAGAGCAGAAAGUGAUGAACGCUGUGAACAUUGCAACUGAAGAAGUGAAGAACAGCUGUGGUGAUGCAAACAUGUGGAUGAGAAGUUUGAACAAUUCACUUACAGAUGAGCUGAGCUUAAAAGAAAUAACCUGCACUGAUCUGGAGGAAAUUACAGAUUUAUAUUUUCUUCGGCAGGUUGUAUGUGAAGGUCUCACAAAGAUGAUGUCAGAACAACAUAAAAGCUUCAACAGUGUAACAGACAUCAACAUGGAGAAGUUCAGGAAGAAACCUGAUGAGAUUCUGAUUGAACAUCUCUGUCAGUGCUGCUGGGUUCAGUGUCCAUUCUGUAAAGCCAUCUGCACCAACACAAUAGAGAAUCAUGAUGGAGAUCACAGUGUCCCCUUCCACAGAGUAAAUGGAAUCACAGGAUGGUACUACAGAUAUACAACAAAUCUCUGUGCUGAUAUUUGUACAACUUUAGUACAAAGUGAUAAACAGUUUUACCCCCGUCAUGAUAGAUAUGAUUUAUUACAUUACAAAAUCUACAGAACAGCAGGAGGAGAAUAUGCUAAGUGGAGCAUCACCCCUGAUAAUUCAGAGCUCCCAUACUGGAAGUGGUUUGUGUGCAGAUUCCAAACAGUUCUGGAAAAGCAUUAUGGUAAAACAUUCCAGGGCUAUGGAGAGAUUCCCACUAGAUGGAGAAACUGCACAAAAAAAGAAGCUAUUGAGAGUUUGAAUGAAUACAUCUGA